AUGUCCAACAGCAGCUCCAUCACCGAGUUCCUGCUCCUGGCAUUCGCAGACACGCGGGAGCUGCAGCUCCUGCACUUCGGGCUCUUCCUGGGCAUCUACCUGGCUGCCCUCCUGGGCAACGGCCUCAUCCUCACCGCCAUAGCCUGCGACCACCGCCUCCACACCCCCAUGUACAUCUUCCUCCUCAACCUCGCCCUCCUCGACCUGGGCUGCAUCUCCACCACUGUCCCCAAAUCCAUGGUCAACUCCCUGAGGGACACCAGGGCCAUUUCCUACUCUGGAUGCACUGCCCAGGUCUUUCUCUUUGCCUUCUUCAUCACAGCAGAGUGUUGUCUCCUCACCAUCAUGGCCUAUGACCGCUACGUGGCCAUCUGCAAUCCCCUGCACUACGGGACCCUCCUGGGCGGCAGAGCCUGUGCCACCAUGGCAGCAGCUGCCUGGGGCAGUGGGGUUCUCAAUGCUCUCCUGCACACAGCCAAUACGUUUUCACUGACCCUCUGCCAAGGCAAUGCUGCGGAUCAAUUUUUCUGUGAAAUCCCCCAGAUCCUCAAGCUCUCCUGCUCAGACUCCUACCUCAGAGAAGCUGGACUUCUUGUGAUUAGUGUCCUUGUCGACUUUGUAUGUUUUAUUUUCAUUGUGCUGUCCUAUGGGCAGAUCUUCAGGGCCGUGCUGAGGAUCCCCUCACAGCAGGGCCGGCACAAAGCCUUUUCCACGUGCCUCCCUCACCUGGCUGUCGUCUCCCUGUUUGUCAGCACUGGCAUGUUUUCCUACCUGAAGCCCCCCUCCGUCCCCUCCCCAUCCCUGGACCUGGUGAUGGCAGUUCUGUACUCGGUGGUGCCUCCAGCACUGAACCCUCUCAUCUACAGCAUGAGGAACCAGGAGAUCAAGGACGCCCUGAAGAAAAUGAGGCAAUGUACACGACCAGCACAGAUGACCCCCAACACCUUUAAAAGUAGAUUCCCAGCAGACCUUACUAACUACUUCUCUGAGCAGCCUGAAAUCUGCUCUCCCAAUAUCCAAGGUCAACGUUUUGGUGGCAGUUUUUCUUCUACCACCAAAGAUUUUAAAGUCGACUGCUUCACUCUUACUGUGGCCAAGACAGACACUAAGCACCACUUCACCCAUGAGACCAUCUCUAUUUAA